GUACUGAGAGCGGCCAUUGGGCUGGAGUGGAGUUUAGUUUGUGUUAGUUUCUGUGCUUCACGGUGCAGGAGGACACCUGGGGUCAUCCACCUCAGCGGACUCUUCUGAGCGCGUGACGCUGCUGUGGAUGUGCUGCUCCACGUGGUGCUCCCAGAAGCCCCGCGUCCCUCGUCCCGGUGUUUUGAAUGGAUACAAGAGGGAGAGAUGACCUAACCUAGCUAACCUGGGGCGGCUGUGUCAGGUUGUGGUGACAGUGGGGCGCUGCCGGUGACUGGUCUGGGUGGAGAGGAGAUAAGGAGAAGGAGAAGCUGGGCUGUGUGAGGAGCUGUCACUGACAGAUAAUGCGGUUUAGUAACUGUCGGACUCGAACAAUACCUUUGCUCACAGUGGGCUUGGUGUUUCUGAAGAGAUCAGGAGCCGGAGUGCUUGUGUAGAGCUGGAUGUGAUCAGCUGGAUCAGCUUGGGUAGUUAACUAGCUAAAUAUUAAAUAUAAAUAAUGAUGUGUUUAGACGUAUACGUUUUGUAAUGUUAGAUAUAUUUCUAUAGAUAUAGAAAGUGAUUUGUUUAGUUUAAAUCUUUUUUUUAUUUAUUUGAUAGCAUUUAUGAUGUUAAAGCAAGUCAUGUCUAGUUUAAUUAAAAUGUAUCAAAGCUAGAUAACCUAGCUAUCAAUCUCAGUCUGCAAAUGCAGGUGGCCUCUUUAUUUCCUUUAACUGCAUUAACUGCUCAUAAUGUUAUUAACGCCAAGACUAACUGCUGGGAAACUACUGCAAAAGUGGAGCAUUUCCUGCUACCGUCCUCAAAGGGAGUACCUGUUGCCCAGUCGGACUUUGGGAAGGUCGUGGAGAAGGCAGGCGUGUGGGGAGGAAAGUGAACACUAUGGGGUCUGUUUUCUUCCCUUGUACGUGAGGAAAGCCCUGUCCCACCAUGCCUGCAUCCGCCCGGGACUGGGCUUUAUCUCCCGCGCCGCUUGGCCGCACUCCAUGCGGGCUGCCGCUUUCUACAGCACCUCGGCAGACUCUAAACAAGCAGGGCAUGUGGCAAACGAGCAAAGUCAAGUCAACACUAGAGUCAAACCAGUGGGAAUACCCUCGGAUGACCUCAAAAAACUGUUGCAGCUUGCUUAUCCAGAGCGAUGGAGACUGACAGCUGCUGUGGGUUUCCUUGCCAUCUCCAGUGCUGUCACUAUGUCUGCUCCAUUUUUCCUGGGUCAGGUGAUUGACACUAUCUACACAAGCACAUCUGAAGACUUCAGCUCCUCCCUGACAUCACUGUGCAUCAUGCUAGGGGGGAUAUUCCUGUUUGGGGGCGCUGCUAAUGCUGCUCGUGUCUACCUCAUGCAAAUUUCAGGGCAGCAGAUUGUGAGAAACUUACGUGAAUCCCUUUUUUCCUCGAUUUUGAGGCAGGAGGUGGGAUUCUUUGACAAAACUCGUACUGGUGAGCUCAUCAAUCGCCUUUCAGCAGACACAGCCCUAGUUGGACGGGCGCUCACUGACAACUUGUCUGACGGCCUUCGGUCAGUUGCUCAGGCCACAGCUGGAGUCAGCAUGAUGUUCUAUGUGUCUCCCACUCUUGCUACCUUCGUCCUUAUGAUUGUGCCUCCCAUGGCUGGCCUGGCAGUGAUCUAUGGAAGAUAUUUACGCUCCAUAUCUAAACAAACACAGGACUCUCUGGCAGAAGCCACACAGCUGGCAGAAGAAAGGAUCAGUAACAUGCGAACAGUCCGGGCUUUCGGCAAAGAGCUGACUGAGGCGCAAAAGUAUGCAGAGAAGGUAGACCAUGUUCUCCACCUGGCUAAGAAGGAGGCUGUGCUUCGUGCUGGGUUCUUUGGAGCUACCGGCUUGAGUGGGAACAUCAUCAUCCUGAGUGUUCUGUACAAGGGUGGGCUGCUGAUGGCGAGUGAACACAUGACUGUAGGAGAGCUCUCCUCCUUCCUCAUGUAUGCCUUCUGGGUGGGCAUCAGCAUCGCUGGUCUCAGCUCCUUCUACUCUGAGCUGAUGAAGGGGUUUGGUGCCGGAACUCGUCUCUGGGAGCUGAUGGAUAGGAAGCCUGAAUUUCCUCUCAAUGAGGGGCUUGUACUAAAACCAGAGCAGCUGAAAGGAGCCCUGGAGUUCCAUAAUGUGUCCUUUGCCUACCCAACACGGAAGGAUGCGCCCAUCUUUCAGGACCUCAGUCUGUCAGUUCCAGCUGGCUCUGUGAUGGCGGUAGUGGGGCCCAGUGGGUCAGGAAAGUCUACCCUGGUGUCCCUUCUGCUCCGACUUUAUGACCCAGAUAUAGGCACUGUAACUGUAGAUGGACGAGACAUUCGAGAAAUAAAUCCUUAUUGGCUGCGGAGUCAUAUUGGAACUGUUAGCCAGGAACCAGUUCUUUUCUCCUGCUCCAUUGCUGAGAACAUUGCUUACGGGGCUACAGACCCCAGUAAGGUCACAACGCAGGACAUCUUACGUGCUGCACAGAUCGCUAAUGCGCAUGAAUUCAUCCUUGGGUUCCCUAAUGGUUUCGAUACCGUGGUUGGUGAGAAAGGAGUUUUGCUAUCAGGUGGACAAAAACAAAGGAUUGCUAUUGCAAGGGCCUUGCUAAAGGAUCCCAAAAUUCUAUUAUUAGAUGAAGCCACAAGCGCUCUGGAUGCAGAGAAUGAGUUUCUGGUGCAGGAGGCUCUGGAGCGGCUGAUGGAGGGCCGAACUGUGCUCAUAAUUGCCCACCGUCUGUCCACUAUUCAGAGUGCCAACGCUGUGGCAGUGCUGGAUCAGCACCGCGUGGUGGAAUGUGGCCGUCACGCUCAGCUUCUUGCGAAUCAGGACGGCCUGUUCCGUAAACUCAUGGAGAAACAGGCCUUCCUGCAGGCCGAGCAGAGAGAGGCUCUCUCCAAAUAGGAGAAUAUUUAUGAUAAAACAGAAGCACUGAUCGAGAGGUGAAGCACUGAUAGAGAUGGAAGUGUGUAUACGAGUGCCUAUGUACAGUAAAUACUUAUACUAAAUAAAUAAAUAAAUAUAUACAUUUAUAUAUAUAUAUAUUUAUACACAGGGUUUAACAUGCCACUCCAUUAUAUGGGACAAGUAUAAGUAACAAAGGCUACAUUUACUUUACCAAGCUGAAGUGACUCAAAUAUGAUUUUAUAUAGAUUUUAUAUGUGACAGAGAUUAUUUUUUUUCCCCCAUUAGCACACUGACCCUCCUCCACUCAAGCACAAUCAGCAAGCUGAUUGGCUCUUUUUAUUAAAAGACUGGAUUAAAUACAUAAACAGAUGCAAUAUAGAGCAUUACCAUAACUAAUUUACAUUUCAAUCAGUGAUUUGUCUCCUCAUUUACAACAUAUCUGCAAAGGCAACAAAAAUCUCAGCAUUAAAGUAAAAUUUUGUGUACAGCUGUGCCAAUUCAGGAAUAAAUUUCAAUAGAAUUUACAUUAGAAGUACAAGUUUACAAAUGUAAGCAGUCAAGAUAACCAAAUUCAGUCUAAGCUAAAUGUCAGACUUGAUUAGUAAAGUUUGUAUAUGGGGGGGAUAAAAGAUUAUAAAAGGGACUGAAGUAAAGGCCAAAGUAAACCACUGCCAAUUUAUAACUGGAAGUUGUUUUAUUAUCAUGUUUAUUUUAUUUUAUUACGUAUCAAUGGUAAUGACAGGGUGCUACAGUACUGUCACACAUUUGACAGUAGUCCUGAGAAGUUUGACAUCCUACUCUUUAGGUCUCAAACAGAAAUGUCUAUAAAUUGUGAAUUUAGAAGUGAAUUUAUGUAUAAACUGCAAGAUCUCUAAAGACUGAAAGCUUUUUUUUUAUUUUCUGUUUUUUUGUACUGUAUAUGUAUGAAGUUAUGUGAAUUUUAUUCUAUUUGACAAAUCAGCAAAUGGGAACAAAUCCAAAUCACAAAUCUCCUGCACAUCAGUAACUAUCAAUCUGUCCAGGCUGAUCUUUUAUUAUUAGCACACACUUUAUUUCACAACUAUAUUAGAACGAUAUUGAAUUAUCUUGACAUGAAUGUGUUUUUUUUUAACCACUGUUAUUACUUUAUUAUACUACUACUACUACUACUACUACUACAGACAAAUUCCCUCAUAUGACAGUUGAUUUAUUCUUUUCAUAUGAAAUUACUUUAAAAAAGAAUCAUCUGCUGCUGUUAAAUCACUUGUACAUUUUAAACUGAGAUCACACUGAUAUGUGAAAGCAUACAUUAUUAGAGAGAUAUUUAACGUAUGAGAUAAAUAUGUUGCUUUUCACUGCUCCAUCAAAAUGUGUUCACUGAUGUGAUGUAAUUUAAGAACACAAGGCUCGUGUGCUAACUUGAAAUAAAUUGAUUUAUAUGUAAAUGUAAA